UUGAUGGAGAUAAGAUCGGAAAAUGAAACACGUAGCAGUAGUUGUUAUGCCUUGUGAUGGUUCAACAAUCUGGAUUCAAUUCUCUUUGCUUUCUUGGUUUCAUUCCCUUCCAUUUGAAAACUUCCCAACAUAGCAGUAGAUCACUACACGUGGAAUAAUCCACGCAGUCAGAGAGAGUAGAGAGAGAGAGAAUCAGUAACAAAUGAAAAUGAAACAAAACUAUCUUUAUCGGUUUAUCCAUGGCUGCCGUGACCGGAAAGUCAAAAUGGAACAAACAAGAUAAAGAAAAGAAACCCAUUCCACUCUUUAACCAUUUACUCUAUCACCAUUAGAAAAUAGAAGCCCAUCACGUUUUUACGAUUCCCUCCUUUUCCUGAUUCUUGAUAUUGAUAAAGGUAUUAAAAAAAUUAUAAAAAAAAGAAAAAAAAAUCAAACUUGCUUUGAAGAACUACGAAAUCACAUAGGCGGUGUGCUCCGGGCACCCUUGUUUCUUUAUUAAAGGAAAACCAAUAAUGGGUAUUUGCAAUUUUGUGCAAAGUUUUUAACUUGGAGAAGAGGAAAGUAUUGUGGUGAAGGAACGCAAAAGGGGGAAAUUUUGAAGGAUGAGCGGUGAGGAUGAUGACCCAGAAAGAGCAAGAUUGAGAUUAAAAAGAGAACAAGAAAGAUCGUCGUUGAAUUCAAAGCUAGUGAACUUUCACCGUGAUCUCAUGGCUGGGGCGGUGAUGGGUGGGGUGGUUCACACCAUUGUGGCCCCUAUUGAGAGGGCCAAGCUUCUUCUGCAGACGCAAGAGAGCAAUUUGGCUAUUGUUUCGAGCGGGCGUCGAAGAUUCAAGGGCAUGUUUGAUUGCAUACUCCGCACUGUUAGAGAAGAAGGCGUUCUCUCUUUGUGGCGUGGUAAUGGCAGCAGUGUUCUUCGCUAUUAUCCUUCCGUUGCACUCAAUUUCUCUCUCAAGGAUCUAUACAGGUGCAUGUUAAGAGGUGGAAACUCUCAUGACAGUACUAUCUUCUCCGGUGCAUCUGCCAAUUUUGUCGCUGGUGCUGCGGCCGGUUGUACAGCACUUAUCUUAGUCUACCCCCUUGACAUUGCACAUACCCGCCUUGCUGCUGACAUCGGAAGGAAAGAUGCACGUCAGUUUCGCGGCAUCUACCAUUUCCUGGCUACCAUAUUUGAAAAGGACGGGAUCCGGGGGAUUUACAGGGGCCUUCCUGCAUCCCUACAAGGAAUGGUGGUCCACAGGGGCCUUUACUUUGGAGGCUUUGAUACAAUAAAAGAGAUUCUAUCCGAAGAAGAAUCCAAGCCGGAGAUUGCUCUGUGGAAGCGCUGGUUGGUAGCUCAGGCAGUCACAACCUCGGCAGGGUUGAUAUCUUACCCAUUAGACACGGUUCGCAGGAGGAUGAUGAUGCAGUCGGGGAUGGAACGGCCGGUGUACCACAGCACCCUUGAUUGCUGGAGGAAGAUCUAUAGGACAGAGGGGUUGGCUUCAUUCUACCGCGGCACGGUUUCAAAUGUGUUUAGAAGCACAGGUGCUGCAGCUAUCUUAGUCUUGUAUGAUGAGGUUAAGAAAUUCAUGAAUUGGGGGAGAUUGUAACACCACCAACUUACCAACGUUCAUUGAUUUCAUUGACACCUAGGACUAAUUACAUCAUUGCAUCAAAUUUGGUAUACACUUAAAAUGAGGAUUAGGAUUAAUUUUUGUAAAGUUCAAGUGAGCUCAAUUACAGUUCAUUUGUUA